UGUAAACGAUUAGAUAUUAUAGAUAAAUCAUGGAUGGAUUGUCUGAUGAUGUUGGCUCUGUUGCAGGUCUACUGGUUCACUGUAGAGUUCGGGCUGUGCAAGGAGGCCGGCGAAACCAAAGUGUACGGAGCCGGGCUUCUAUCGGCCUACGGCGAGCUGCUUCACUCGCUCUCCGAAAAACCGGAGCUGCGGCCCUUCGAUCCGGCCUCCACUGCGAUGCAGCCCUAUCAGGACCAGGAGUACCAGCCGAUCUACUAUGUGGCCGAGAGCUUCGACGACAUGAAGGACAAGUUCCGGCGAUGGGUGAGCGCCAUGUCCAGACCGUUUGAGGUGCGUUUCAACCCGCACACUGGCCGCGUGGAGGUUCUGGACUCGGUCGACAAGCUAGAGAGUCUGGUGCAGCAGCUGAACACCGAGGUGCUGCACCUGUCCAACGCGAUCAACAAAAUCAAGGCGCCCAGUCUCAGCUAAGCGCCCCCUUAGACGGUCCGGCUCAUUUCGGUUGUGUUGUUGUAAAGUUUUGUUUUCUUGUAUUAUAGUUUCGACUUAUUUAUAAUGCAUACCGCUAGACUAGGCUAAGUUUCCAAGUAUUAUCUUGCUCGUAGUGCCCAGCACCAAUGAUUUUGUGAUGAUGUGUCUAGUAAUCUGUGUAAUGCAAAAGACAGCAGCGUCCACGGGUUUUUUUCAAGAAGAAAAAUCUGUUGACGCUGCCACCAUAGCUCAUAUUUAUAGUAACUUAUAGCACUCUGCACGCUCGUUGUAAUUUGUAUAUAAUUCUAUAUAUUAUUAUUAUUAUUAUUAUUAUCAUUGUUGUAAAUCUAUGGAAUAUAUAAACGUGCAAUCAUAA